AUGGUUUAUAAAUUGGACCAAUCCUAUCUAUGGCUUCUCUUUACAUUCAUUCUGCUCGCUUCUAUCGGUGAUGCGGCCCAGCAGCAGCCGCUGAAGCAAGUUAUAGAUGCCGUCCCGAAGCGGGUCGCUAUCAUCGGAGCUGGGGCAGGAGGCUCCUUCGCCGCAUACGAGCUGCGUAAGCUUGCGGAUGAGGCUGGGAUCCCUCUCGACGUCACCGUGUUUGAGCGCGCCUCGUAUAUCGGGGGCCGCUCAACUACAGUCGACGUAUUUGACAACCCAGCCUAUCCAAUCGAACUAGGCGCUUCCAUAUUCGUUCAGGUCAAUCAUAACCUCGUGAAUGCAUCGCGCGACCUUGGUCUCAAUGUCCGCAGUGCUGAUUAUGCGCGACCUCGGGAAUCCGCUGAAUCCAUCGGUAUUUGGGAUGGAACGCAAUUUGUUUUCUCUAUCAAAAAUAACUACAGCUGGUGGAAUAUUGGCCGGCUUUUCUGGAAAUAUGGCCUGGCUCCACUCUAUGCCCAGAAAUUGAUGGAGAAUAUCGUGGGCAAAUUCCUCCGCCUAUACGAGGCCCCAAUUUUCCCAUUUCAAUCACUCACCGAAGCCGCAGCCGAGGUUGAUUUGCUGAAUGUUACGUCUACACCAGGGGACAUAUUCAUCAACGAUAAUGGGAUUGGAGAAUCAUUCGCUCGCGAGAUUAUUCAGGCGAGCACCCGCGUGAACUAUGGCCAGAACCUGCCGCUUAUCCACGGUCUGGAAUCAAUGGUCUGUUUGGCCACCGAUGGGGCCGUCUCUAUUGAUGGUGGAAAUUGGCAAAUAUUCGACGGAGCAGUGAGAGUUUCCCAAGCCGAAGUGAAAUUGAAUACAACCGUUACUGCCAUCGCUCGAAAUGACGACGGUGUCGUGCGCAUUACCUCGCAUCCGACGGGGGACCUUGAUUCUGCUCGGUCAUCCGAAGAAACAGAAUUUGACGAAGUCAUCAUUGCCGGUCCGUUGCAGUACUCGGGUAUUUCAAUUUCUCCUCCGUUGGAACAUAUACCAGAUGACAUUCCAUACGUCAAGCUGCAUGUCACUCUCUUUUCCACCCCGCAUCGCAUCUCGCCAGCCUAUUUUGGUCUCCAUGGUAAGGAUGAUAGUGUUCCAGAGGCAGUCUUGACGACCCUCCCAGAGCACGAAAAGCUCGGUAGAAAUCCUAAGGGUGUGGGGCCGGCUGGUUUCUGGAGUAUUAGUACACUGCGGUCGGUUACUCGGACCAUUGUGAAGGAUGGCGAAGAGCACCAAGAAGAACACUAUGUCUACAAGAUCUUCUCGCCGGAGCAGCCAACGGCCGAAUUCAUCGCGGAGGCCUUCGAUAUCGAAUACAACAAAAGCUCAAUGGUUGUCCCGCACAGCAACACGAGCAUUGCUGAUCUCCCCAGGAAUGAAAUCAGCUGGUUCCACGAGAAGGUCUGGCAUCCGUACCCGCUUCUGUACCCGCGCGUGACCUUCGAAGAAAUUCUCCUGGCCCCGGGCAUAUGGUAUACGAGCGGCAUUGAGAGUUUUAUCUCUACUAUGGAGACCAGUGCUCUGAUGGGUCGGAAUGUGGCUGCGCUUAUGAUGCAGUCAUGGAAUAAACAAAGUGGUCAGAGUUUCGAUAACACGAAGACAACUACGAAAACUGAGCUAUGA